CUAAAACUUCCAUGUGACGGUUGACUCAACUAUCACGCAGAGCUCCCUUCCCACGCGCACGGGGUAUAAAAGCCACCCCGUCGAUCCAAGUAUGCGCCUAUUCUGGCGCAGCUUCACAUCAUUGCAAUCCUGUAUGCCAUAUCCCAUUUCCUAACGCCUAAUGCCACCCACACUGACCCCCGAGCAUCACCAGUCAAAAUGGCAUCCCCCGCCGCUUCGUCCGUGAUAACAGCGCUUCCCGAAACUACCGAUCCUCUAAAGAUCUACACCACCAUAGCCUCCCUCCGUUCCUACCGACAUCCCCUCCUGAGCACCAAAUCGCUCGGCUUCGUGCCGACGAUGGGCGCCUUACACGCCGGCCACCUCUCCCUGAUCCGCACAGCAGCAAAAGAAAACGACUCAGUAGCCGUCAGCAUCUUCGUUAACCCAGCUCAAUUCGCGCCCACGGAAGAUCUCGCGGUAUACCCGCGCACGCUUCACACCGACGUCGCCCUACUCGAGUCCCUGAACGCCGAGUUCUCCGCCGACAGCACGACCCGCGGCCGUAUCGAGGCACUGUUCCUCCCCUCCGUCGCGGAGAUGUACCCGCAUGGUAUCCCGCUGGAGGAGAACGCGCAGCGCGGCGCGUUCGUGACUGUCCAGCCGCUGGCAGCGAAGCUGGAGGGGAUUACGAGACCACACUUCUUCCGUGGCGUUGCGACCGUCGUCGCGAAGCUGUUUAACAUCGUACAGCCGGAUAUCGCAUAUUUCGGUCAGAAGGAUGUCCAGCAGAGUAUUAUACUCAAGAGGAUGGUCAAAGAUCUGCAUUUUCCAGUCCAGAUCAGAGUUUGCCCCACCGGCAGGGAGGUGGAUGGAUUGGCGAUGAGCAGUAGGAAUGUCUACCUGGGCGAACGCAGGAGGGCCAUCGCGCCCGUGCUGUAUCAAGCUUUGCGGGCAAGCGAGGAUGAGUACCGCCGACUUGCGGCGCAGGGGGGAACGGUGGACGCAAAGGCUGUGUUGGCCAAGGGACUGGAGCUUUUGCAACCGGGGAAAGAUGUGCCGUUUGAAAUCGAGUAUUUCAGCCUUGCGGACCUGCAGGAGCUUGAGGAGCUAGGGACGGUAGACCCAAAGAAGGGGGCGGUGUUGAGUGCUGCUGUGCGGAUGUCACCGGUCGAGGAGGGACAGGGUCCGGUUAGGCUCAUUGACAAUAUCAUUCUGGAGGCGGAGGAGUGAUUAGCGAUACCCGUUUCUGGUCUAAGAAGGACGUUGUAUGUUUAUGUGUAUGAUAUGGAUUCUGUAGACCGGUGGGCUCUGGAUGGUUCUGACGUGCUGUUGAGUCAUUACAGUAUAUCACUCGAUUCCUGCUUCUUGAUCCACCUGUGCUAAUUGCUUACCUACCUAUGUCAUGGCGAGAAAUCUAUCCACAAAAAGCCUGUACAGCGAGAGCUGAAAAACGAGCUCGAGUCACCACAUUUCGCUCCGCCACUAUUUAACUAAAAUAUGCUCUACUUUCGGCGGUAUUCUCGCCUUAAUCGUAUUAUUUUUUCCUGAAAAUCUAUCAAUUUCCCUCCAUAGACUUCCUCAGAUCGUA